AUGAGAAUACCAACAAUCCAACAUCCUCAACCAUAUAAGCUACAAUGGCUUAAUGAUGAUGGUGAACUCAAGGUAGACAAGCAAGCCCUCAUUUCUAUUUCCAUUGGGAAAUACCAAGAUGAUGUGUUGUGUGAUAUAAUCCCAAUGCAUGCUUGUCACAUCUUAUUGGGUCGACCAUGGAAAUAUGAUCGAGACACCUUACACCAUGCACCAAAGGAAGUGUACUACAUCCAAGUGCAAUCCAAAAAGUUGAGAGAAGAACUUGCCCAGAAGGCAAAAGAGGCCAUGUCCAUGAAGGAAACCACUAGUGGAAAACAAAAGGCCUUAGCUCAAGAGAAAAAGGAAAGGAAAGAAGGGAUGAACAAGGACAAUGUCUUUCUUGAAGAAUUACCAAAGGGGUUACCUCCAAUUCGUGGGAUUGAACAUCAAAUUGAUCUCAUACCUAGAGCAAGUUUGCCUAAUAGACCGGCCUAUCUCACCAAUCCCGAUGAGGCUAAGGAGAUUCAACGUCAAGUUGAUGAGUUAUUGCAAGCUGGAUUCAUCCAAGAAAGCCUAAGCCCAUGUGCUGUGCUCGUAGUACUUGUACCAAAGAAAGAUGAGAUAACAUAUGGUCUUGAUAAUUUGGAUGGGAAUUAG